CAGUCCUCGUCCUGGGCCUUGAAUCCAUUUAUUUCACGACAUUGAUGGUUUGUGCCAUGUUCUCUGUGGCUGGGGUUCGAGAUGUUCGGUGAUUGCGGCCUUCGAAUCCCGUUCCCUCGCCGGCGGCAGCCCGCUGCGGUGGAUCCCGAGCCGGAGCUCGAUCCGGUGCUGUUGGUUUCCGGCAUUGGUGGCUCGAUUUUGAACGCGAGGAAUAAAAAGUCUGGGUUUUUGACCCGGGUUUGGGUUAGGGUUUUUCUGGCCAAUCUUGAGUUCAAGAAGAACGUGUGGUCUCUUUACAACCCUGAAACUGGGUAUACGGAGUCUGUUGAUCCUAAUGUUGAGAUUUUGGUCCCUGAUGAUGAUUAUGGGCUGUAUGCGAUUGAUAUCUUGGAUCCCGCGUGGUGGGUAAAAUGUCUUCGGGUGUCUGAUUUGUAUCAUUUCCAUGAUAUGAUCGAUAUGCUUAUUCGAUGCGGAUAUAAGAAAGGAACAACUCUGUUUGGAUAUGGUUAUGACUUUCGACAAAGCAAUCGAAUUGACAAAACAAUGGAUGGUCUUAAAGCGAAACUUGAAACUGCUUACAAGGCUUCUGGAGGGAAGAAAGUAAAUAUAAUUUCACAUUCUAUGGGUGGGUUACUUGUUCGGUGUUUCAUUACACUUCACCAUGAGGUUUUUGCUAAGUAUGUGAACAAGUGGAUUUGCAUAGCUUGUCCAUUCCAAGGUGCACCAGGAUGCAUCAGUGAUUCCCUUUUAACUGGACUACAGUUUGUGUACGGUUUUGAAAGCUUCUUUUUUGUAUCAAGAUGGACAAUGCAUCAACUGCUGGUUGAGUGUCCGUCUAUCUAUGAGAUGCUACCAAAUCCAGAAUUUAAGUGGAAAAUUCAGCCUGUAAUCAAGGUUUGGCGGAAACAAUCUGACAAGAAGGAUGAUUCUUCUGUGAAGCUGGAUGUCUAUGAUUCAAGUCAUUGUAUUGCUUUGUUUGAGGAAGCCCUAAGGAAUAAUGAGAUGAAGUUCAAUGGAAAAUCUGUUGCUUUGCCCUUCAAUUUUUCCAUCCUCAAAUGGGCGUCUGAAACACAUCGUAUCCUUAAUGAAGCUCAAUUACCAAGCAGUGUUAGCUUCUACAACAUUUAUGGGAUAUCACUGGACAGUCCUUAUGAUGUUUGCUAUGGAUCUAAACGAUCUCCAAUUGGUGACCUGUCUGAAGUAUGCCACACAUUGCCGGAGUAUACCUAUGUGGAUGGAGAUGGAACUGUUCCUGCUGAAUCAGCAAAGGCUGAUGGAUUACCUGCAGUAGCCAGAGUUGGAAUUAAGGCAAGUCACCGCGGUUUAUUACGUGACAAGCAAGUUCUUCAACUCCUAAAACAAUGGUUAGGUGUCACUGAAAAAUCGACGAAAUCAAAAUUGACAUCGAAAGUGGUUGAUGAAUUUUUACAUCCAGACCACCAAUUUGGUUUGCAGCAAAAUACGAAAAAUAUCGAUAGCAUUCAAGCUAUAUUAGAUGCUCAAGCUAGGUGAUGCAUGAAGAGUGUGUGCUUCAACUUAAUAUGGCACCAUCGACCGCGCCGUCAUGUUGAAAAUUAUACACCAAUUAGGUAGUCUAUACAAUCAUCUUUGUGUAACAAACUAUUUAAACUGAGAAGCAGUGCCAUAUAAUAAUUUGCCACUCAUUGAAGUUUAUUCUCAUGAUUGUUGGUUAUACUAUGCAUAUGUCUAAUGCUAAA